AUGUCCCUCGAGGUCAUUGCUGAAACUCAUGAAGGUCCAAAGCUCUUUGAGACAUGCGAAGCUGUGUUGGGGCUCCACUUUCAGGAUCAAGAACAACAAUGGUUUCAUAACAUUGAAAGAAAGAGAAACUGGGAGGAGGACGAACAUAAAGAGAUAAAACAGAAUAAAAAUAUUGACGAAUAUUUCUCCCUCAGCAAUCAAAGUCUGGUUUCGACUUUUGCCAUCUUUCAAAAUCCAGGCAACUAUACUCUCGCUGGCAUAGUCCUAUCAAAACUACCAUCACAACCAGACUUCACCGCCAGAAAUUUACGUUGA